GCCUCGGAAAUCGGCUCGAAAUGUGCCACUAAUUCCGAGCACUGUGUUACAAGAAGAAAAUAGAAAAUUGCGAAGAGACAAUGAAAGAUUGCGCAGGUUACGGUCUGUCAACGAAGAUUUGCCAAAGAUGGAUAAAAUGAUGAAAGAUCUCAUGACUAACUUGGAAUCUGUAACAUUGACAACCAAAUCUUUCAAUCGUCAGAUAGAUGAAUUGCAACAGAAAGUACAAGCAUCAAGUAACUGCAUCAUUAAACGUAAGCGAAGUAACACUCCUCCUGCAGUAACAUUAGACUCUGAUCCGAUCUGGAUCAACAAGUUGGAUCUGCCAAAUAAUAAAUUGAAAUCAUCUGCAACCGAUGCAUCGCCUACAUCGAUAGUUCAAAACAGGGAAUUAGAUCUAAGCGAUAAGUUGAAAUUGUCUGAAAAAUCGGCUACAGAGUUUCGUAAAUCAGCACUAUUACGUGAAUCAACAUCUUUGACAUCCGGACAUAAUCUGGUAUCACAAAAUUUAGAAACAUCGGAAGACUUCCCUGAUACUUUAGAUGUCGCUACAAAAACAGUCAAUGUACAUGAUUUGGAACACGUUCACGAAUCGAACCAUGCAACAGAUAAAAUGAAGUCCUCGAAUGACCAUCAAUCAAAUGCAAUACACAAACAUAAGGACAAUAAGACAGUCAACCUUGGAGGACCAAUACCUUGUAUAGUAAAUAGCACUCGCCUUUCCUUGUGCAAUCACACGUCUGUCUCUAAGUUGAUAUGCGAGAUGAUGUCUUUAUUAUUUACAAAAGAGGAGUUAGCUACCUCUUCGCUUACAGGAACUGUGGCAAAUUUUCAUUGCGAAAAAGGUAUAGCCGCUAAAAAGAAACUCGACACAAUAAAAAUUGAAGCUAUGAAAAUUGAGAGUUUCAAAACUGAUAAAUAUAUGUGCUUUCAGCAUACGUUAAGAACAAGUUUCCAUUCGAAAAAGAUUUCGAAAAAAUAUUUCGGAAAGCAGUGCAGCAGAAGUGCAAUAAUGCAGUUCCUCGAAACAGAGGAUUAA